AUGUCCGUCCGACCCCGGUUGGACGAUCCGGCGGCACUGGUGGCUUUGCUCGACCAGCUCUCUGCCUCCCCAGCUGUGCGCACUGCCCUUUCCAAUAAAGGUUUUGCGUCACUGGGCUCAUUAGCUUUUGCUGUGUCCGACCUGUCGGAUGCAGAUGAGGUUCGCCUUUUUCUCCGCUCCACGCUGCUGCUGUUUGAAGCCUCUUCUGCAGCUCCACCCAAGCCGGCUCUUGGCACUCCUGCCUUGCCUCCGGCACCGCCCGCGUCUGCCUCGGCGUCCAAGAUCGCAGUCCCUGACCUCUUGCACUUGCGCAAGACUUUUCUGGCUAAGUAUCCUGGCGAGCUCCUGACCCCGGACUCUGCCCCAUCGGUGGAUUUUCUUUCUCUUCUUAAGAACCAUCAUGACUCGCAGCAGUCCCUAUGGGUCCCGUGGCGUUUGCGUACAUCGGAAUCCGAUGCCACGCGCUGGGAGGAGGCCCGACGCCCCCGCAACGACCGCCAACUGCUCCGGUCGUUGCUGGACGCGGAUGCUGAACCUGCAUCUGCAUCGAUAAACCUCAACAUGCAGGGCCCACCUGACCCGGUAUUGCGUCGCUCUUUGAGCUUGUUCGCCACCGCCCUGGCCAUGCUGGACCUCGUCCAUUUGGCCACCAUCAAGAAGUUCAAUGAUAGGUUCCUGCAUCUGUCACUGACACCGCCCAUGGACGCAUCUCUCCGGGGCCCGUCUCUCCAGGAGAUCGUCCUGGCAGACCGGUCGGUAUGGGCCUCCGUGUCUGAGCUCAUCCGGGACCAUGGCUGGAGCCUUUCGGAUUCUCUCAAUCAGAUUGCGUUUUGCGAAUCUGCUGCAGGCCAGACCGCGUCCGGCGACUCCCCGGCCAAGCCCAAGGGCAAGGCCAAAGCCAAGGUGCUUGCUUCGCCGCCAGCGGGCGACGCUGCGGUCCGCCUCCCUGCGACUGUGGUACUUGCGGCUUCCCCGGCAUCUCCCACUCAAGUGGACGAGUUUCAGUCGGAAUCUAUGAAUGCCACGCCUGCCAAGCGGUUUUUCUUGGACCUGUUUGCUGGUGCCUCCUCGCCAGUCUCCCAAGCAGUUGCGGACUUAGGCCUGGCUCGUCUGGAACCGGUGGACGUACUGGUCGGUCCGGCUCAUGACCUUCUGGAUGACUCCACCUUCCAGCUAGGGAACUGGAGACGUCAGCGCUUCUGCAUUCCCGCACACGUCACCUGCUGCAUCUGGUGGCAGGUGAUCGCUUGGUGCCGUCUUACGGCUCCCUUCAUGGCCACGGUUGCUGCCUGUCAGGUUGGCCUUCAGCUCCACAAGUCCUGGUCCUUCUGCUGCAAUGAUGCAUCCGUUUCCCAGCUUGCGUCCGUGUGCCCGCAUCCCAUCGGCUUUCAUCCAGCCGUGUCCGGGAAAAGGGCUGCAGAUGGCUCCUUUCUCACGCGGAACACCGCUGCCUACCCUGCUUCCCUGGCACUGUCUCUGGCGCAACUUGCUGCCCCGUGGCUGUCGAAAGACACAUCGGGCACUGCUCCGGUUGCUUUGGCUACGUGGCACUCCUUGCUUCCCACUCGACUACCCUGGCCGGACUUGAUGCACCGGGUGGAGGACGGAGCUGGCACGUGUAGCACUGCCCGCCCUGACCCUGCCAAGUUCUCGGACCCCUUCCGCAGCCUGCGCACGUCGUGGUCUCGCCGCUUCCUCCGAGAUGGCCUUGCGGCGCGCAUCGCUACUGCUCUCAAUUCAGGCAGCCGUGAACCUCCACUCUCUGAAUCCGAGCUGGAACCUUUCCUAUCGGAUUUGCGCAGCUUCUUAGGGGUCACUGACGACGCUGCUUGGCGUCACCUUCUCCGGGUUCAAUCAGGGCAGCCUUUCCGUCUUGAGCUAUGGCACCGCCUAUGCGUGGCGUGCGCUGACCCUGACACCGAAUACUUUGACCUACUACGCGAAGGGGUUCCCCUGGGGAUUUCGUCGCCCAUCCCGCCGUGCAAAGUGAUGGCGCCCCCGGGCCCACCCGACUCUGCCACCAUCCCCUUGCAGCACUGUGAAUCCUCUUGGAAGUCGGCCAUUGACCACUCCGAGACUGUCGAUGAAUUGCUGUUAGAGGAACUGGCUCAGGGUUGGAUCGCGAUUGUACCGGGCGGCGACGAUGAGCUCCGUAGGGAGUAUUCCGUCUCCGCUGUAGGGAAGCUUGGGGUGGUCCUUGCGGAGGGCCGCCCUCCCAGACUUGUAGUGGAUUCCUCCGUGUCUGGGGUGACCUGCCAUACGGCUCUGCCCAAUCGUUCCUGUAACCCUACACUCACCGAUGUGUUCUCUUCUAUGCCCUUGUCUGACUCCCUGGAACGCCUCGUUGCUCUGGUGUUGGACGUUGCCAAGGCCCACCGCCGCAUUCUGAUUCGCAAACAGGACCGUGGCCUCCUCUGUUUCCGUCACAACAACGUUCUGUAUCAGUGUACUACUCUUAAUUUUGGCGCCCGCGUCUCCAGCUUCUUCUGGGCCCGCGCCGCAGGGUUGCUGCUGCGGCUAAUUCACCGUCUGCUCCGUGUCCGUCAUUCUGCCAAAUUUUAUGUCGACGAUCUCCUCUGCCUUCUCGAUUCCGCAUCCGCCCCCGUUUGGGCAUCACAUGUUGUGGUGUUGCUGCUGCUCAUCAGGGUUCCUCUGUCGUGGCACAAAUGUGCUCUUUCCCAGAGGGUGGUCUGGAUUGGCUGGGAGAUCGAUCUUGCCGUCUUUACAGUACGCUUG